AUGCUCGGUCUGCUUCGGUUCACGUUAUUCCUGAGUCAACUUUCCGCCCUACUGAAAUAUGCAUUCGACAAUGACAUGACCAUUGUAAACAAUCUGCUCGAAGUCUCCUCCGCUUUUUCCAUGUGUGGAUUUUUCGUGGCACCAAUUACCGGCGCUAUCAUGAGCACAUCAAUUAUGGCAUUCAGGCGAAAAAUUGCUCGUCGCUUGGAUAGUGUUGAUGAAACGCUAACAGAUAAUGUGAUUUACUGGACCAUAAUUAAAGGUCUGGUUCCUGUGGUCACUGUGUUGGCCACUGUCUCACUAAUCAUGAGCUGUGUUGUGUUUGUCAAAGGAGCACAAUGGGUCUAUUAUUUGGCUUUCGCUUGUCUUAUUGUUAUGCGCUCCAUUCUCUUCAGUUCGACAACGACCAUGGUAAUCACUGCAUUUCCCACGGAAUAUUUUGGAACUGUUUACGGUGUGAUUAAUCUGAUUGGCGGGGCAUUCAGCCUGCUUCAAUACGGUCUACUGGAAAUGAAUAUCAAAGUUUCCAACGGAAUUUGUGUAGCAGUGUCCCUGCUCACAUUUUUCCCGCCCAUAUACAUGAGCAUUCGUAAAAAAUGA